UCUGGUUUGAAGACAGACACGUCCCUUUAGAUAUACACCCAUUCUUCAUAUCUUGAUUUCUAGAAGCCAGAUAGCAUGGAUUCAAACAGUAACCCAGUGAUUCCAAAAAAAAAAAACUGAAGACGUAAUAUUAUUAAUUAACCACUUCCAAAACCAUCCAACUUUGCAUUCUAUACACCUCUUAACUAAUGGAAGAAGGUGCUUGUAUCGUCCCCAACCCAAAACAACCAAUGCCUCAUUCCUUCUAUAGCCGGCCGAGUGUUGAAGAUUUGAUUUCGCUUAUGUUGCUGUUGAGGUUGUAGAGCCUACAGGACAUGCUGCCAUUGAGGCUACGCCAGCUCAUGUGGCUGCUGGGCCAAUCUUCCCCUUCAUGUCUUGGAAUCCAGAGCACACUUUCAUCGCAUUCAAUUUGGUAGCAUUGGGCUACCAAAUAAUGGAGUGAGGGUGAUCUUCCCCAAAAGUGUUAUUACCAGGCCUCGGGUCCAAGUUCAAUUUGGAACUGUUGAAUGGGAAUGGAAUCCUUGAAACAAGCUGGUGCAGAUAUUGUGAAGUUCGUGGUGCAUAAGCCGUGAAGCUAUGGUUGUUUUAUAAGUUUUUUCAUUACAUUAUUCUUUUUUCAGCCAACUGUCACUACUAGAAAAAGUAUAUUUCACAUCGAGGUUUUCACAUCGGUUGAUGUCAUAACCGAUGUGAAAGGCAACGCGGUGGCAGUUUUGAAAUUAUGGUGAACUUUCUGAGACUUUUCACAUCGGUUGGGAUUAGGCCCGAUGGGAAAAGUCAUUUAUUACAUCGGUUUCUAUAUAACCCGAUGUAAAAGGUCUAGGCGGUGGCAAUUUUGAAAUUUUAGUGAAGUACCUUUUCACAUCGGUUGGGAUUAUGCCCGAUGUGAAAAGUCUCUCACACAACAAAACCCCAACACGCACAAAUCUCAGUUCACCAAAACCCCAACACGCACAAGUCUCUCGCCGCCGCAAGCAACUCAGUCUCUCGCCGCCGCUCUGGUCGUUGCUCGCCGCCGCUCUACUCGUGACUGGCCGCCGCUCCUGCUCGUGGCUCUUGAUUCGCCGCCACUCCUGCUUCGUGGGUUUUUCCGAUUAAGGAAGAAGAUGGAAACCUAGCUUGUGGGUUUUGCCGAUUCAGGAAGAAGAUGGAAAACUAAGUUUGCUACAAGAAGCAACACGCACGCACGCCAUUGCCCUGCGAGUUUCAACUAUUAAGCAUCGCGUUCUGCGUUUCCCUUUUCCUUCACCACUUUUGUUUGGCUCAUCGGUGUUGCUGAGCAAGAACCCUCGUCUGCGAACUCUUCCAGCCACUCCAGCUCCGGCAAACUCUACCAGCCAUUGCAAAACUCUUCCAUCUUGUUAACGUAGUUAUGGAUCGUAGUUGGAUGAGAGCUAAUCGAUUAAGUGAUGAGUUUGAUAAAGGAGUGGUAGAAUUUCUAGAAUUUGCUGAAAAGAAUCUUCCAAACAAUAAGGGGCUUUUUCCAUGUCCUUGUGUUUCUUGUGGGAACCGGGACCCAAAACUUACUAAGGCUGAAAUAAGGGACCAUCUAGCUUGGAAAGGGAUUUGUCAAAAUUAUACACGAUGGAUAUGGCAUGGUGAAGUAGUAACUCCAAGUGUAUCACAAAGAGAGAAAGUAUGUGUAGAUACAGAUGAUCGGCUGGAAGACAUGAUACAUGAUAUUGGAGAAGAAUCAUUCAAGAGAGCGCAUGUGUAUGAUACUUUAUGUAAAGACAAGGAAGAACCUUUGUACCCGGGAUGCACAAACUUUACACGGUUGUCAGCUGUGUUAAGAUUGUUUAAUUUGAAGGCGAAAAAUGGAUGGAGUGAUAAAAGUUUCACUGAUUUGCUUGGAUUGUUGAAAGAAAUGCUUCCAGAAGGUAACACAAUGCCGAAUCGUCAUUAUGAAGCCAAGAAAGUAUUGUGUCCGAUGGGCAUGGAGUAUGAAAAAAUACAUGCAUGCCCUAAUGAUUGCAUCUUAUACAGAAAAGAGUUUGAAAACUAUGAUCAUUGUCCGAAGUGCAAGGCCUCACGCUACAAAAAGAAAGAUGGCGAUUCCAAUGAUGAUGUGAGCACAAAGGGUCCUCCUGCAAAAGUGUUAUGGUACCUACCAAUAAUUUCAAGGUUCAAGAGAUUGUUCUCUAAUGCAAAUGACGCAAGGAACCUUAGAUGGCAUGCAGAAGAGAGAAUUGAUGAUGGAAAAAUUCGCCAUGUAGCUGAUUCUUUGCAAUGGAAGAAUAUUGAUGGGAAUUUUGCCAAAGAGUCGAGAAACCUUAGACUUGGACUUGCUAACAUUUGGGCAGUUUGUUGCCUUUGGAUUAGUAGCUUUAGAGUUCUUACUAUCUUAUUGCUUUAGUAGUUCGAGACUUUACUACCUUAGUCUUUUCUUUAGCUUAGCUAGUUUAUCUUUAGCUUAGCUAGUUUUGGUUACUUUGUAUUUUGGCUUUGGACCGUUUCCUUGGUUUUUUCCAAAAAAUAUUUGGCAAUGCAUGAUCAAUUAUUAAUGAUCAAUGAAUAUUCAGCUCAAAUUACUGUGAAAAAACUGAAA